GCCUCGCUAAACCGCCCGCCGCUCCCUCCUCUCCUGCUCUGGGCUCCGGCCGCUUUCUUCUUCGCUGGCACCGCCGCUGCCGCUCCGAUCGCUGCUCUUGCCCCGCCACGGCCCCCGCCGUCUCCAGAUUACCAUGGGUUCUGUUGGCACUGGAUUGCUGAAGGGCUUGAGGAGAGUCUUAGAGAAGCAAAGGAAACCAGUUGAUUUAUGCAGAACAUCACGAGCUUGGAGUUCUACAGUUUCUUUCUCUGAUAUUGAUGAGAAGGAUGACAUGGGUGAUGAUGGCGAUUUGAAAGAUUCAAGGAGAGAGUUAGAACCCCAAAGCGUGGACCCCAAGAAGGGCUGGGGAUUCCGUGGCGUUCAUAGGGCUAUAAUAUGUGGUAAAGUUGGACAAGCGCCUGUGCAGAAAAUUUUACGUAAUGGGCGGACGAUAACUAUAUUUACUAUUGGAACUGGUGGCAUGUUUGACCAGAGGGUAAUUGGGUCUGUGGAUACACCAAAGCCGGCUCAGUGGCAUCGAAUAGCUGUUCAUAGCGAGCAUCUAGGUGCUUAUGCUGUUCAGAAGUUGGUGAAAAACUCUGCGGUAUAUAUCGAGGGUGAAAUCGAAACCAGAGUCUACAAUGACGGCAUUGAUGGUCAAGUCAGGAAUAUACCGGAGAUCUGUAUUCGGGGUGAUGGUAAGAUUCGACUGGUUAAAUCUGGGGAGAGUGCUGCUAGCAUAUCACUAGAUGAGCUGAGAGACGAAUUUUUCUAGUUACAGCUAUCGAUGUCAGCAUAAGCAGGUGGUGGCUCAUAACUAGUGGCGAGUUAAGUUGAGAAUAAGGGGAAGCUCCACCAAGCUGCUGCUGCUUUGUUGAAGCCUUGGAGGCUAAGAUGGACACUGUCACAUCUCAGCCUUGCCAGAAGCAGUUAAACUUUACCGGUGGAUGCACGUAAUACCUUCGCGGAACCCGCGGUCGUGUGGCGACCGGUGAACUGUUUUACGACGGUGGAUGGAUGAUAUGAUGUACCGAAUGAUUGUUCAAGGUAGACAUGGUAGAUUGGUGUGUAGCGCGGCCCAGAAGGUCCCUGAGACUGAGAGCCAUGCACUAUUGUUCUCGUGUGAGUCAUCUUGUGUAGGGGUGAAGUAAUUUGGAAUGGUCACAAAAUUGCUGACUG